CCCGCUUCCUCCCUCAUCGCAGAAUCUUCGACGCAGGCGGCGGGUUCGGUUUACAACCAGUUUUUGUUCGAUUUGUACGUGCCGAUAAGUCUGUCUUCUUCUGUUUUGUCUGCGGAGAAAUUGGCGUUUUUGAAAUCCUCUAACGCUGCGGAAUUCGUGAGACAGAAGUUGAACUCUGGGUUCGAAUCCGAUAAUUACACUUCCGGUCGCGUGAAACAAUUGGUGAUUAAAACCGGGGGGAGUUCUGUCCAGCAGGAUUUCAUCUCGACGCAUUUUAAACUAACUCCCGCCCCGAACCCGGAAGUUUUCAAGGCGGUUGCGGCGUUCCAAUCGGUCUUCGCGUCUGUGUUUUCCUCGUUGAAGGACGGAAUACAAUUCCCUCGGUCGGAGAUGGUGGUUGUCGCGCCGGAAAAGAACCUCGCGGUGGACAAAUUCUCCAUCGUGAUGCCGAGCAAGAGUUUGCUUUCGUACAGUGAUGCAGAGUUGAUAUCUGCACUGCAACAAACGGACAAUCUGGCGAACUCCGUCACCCCUCGGUUAGAAGGGGUGGGAAUUUCUCUAUCCGCCGCUUACCCCCCGCCGAGUGGGACCUUGAAGUUGACGGAUACAGCGAUCUUACCGACCAGUUCGAAGGACGUUGCGACUUUGAACAAAAACUCGGGUCUGAACUCCAACGGCGUUUUGGAAUUAACCGCCGGGAUUUCAGUUUUACAAAUCGACUUCCGGGUGCUGUUGGCGAACAGCGAGAGUAGUUCUCCUGAGAUGAAAACCGCUCGGCAGAAGUUGGGUUUUAGCGAUAAAUCGAAAGUCGGUGGUUUGUUGGAAGAACUGAAGACGUGGUUUAGGGCUGCGAUCAAGGAAUGUCUUGAUUCAGGCUCCACCGCGGAAGUCGCGACGGUCGUUUCUUCCUCUAAGGUGAAGUCCGGGAAAGUAUUGACGGGUUCGAAGACGAUUCAGUCUAACAAACUCACCCUUUCCGUCCGGCUUUAUACCGGGAAGGAGAGCAAUGCGGAGGAUGCUGCAAAAUCCGUUCUCCAACUCUCCCAGAUGCUGAAUAAAGGAACAAGCAAAUCCACUUGCGUCUUGGAUAAAGUGAACACGAACCUGCAGACUUUCACGACCUUAUCUUCGUCGGAUGCUAGUGCUGAGAUCCUAACCGACUUCCCGAUUGCUCUUCCAGUGAUCCAGGGAAGAGGGUUGAUUUCCGCCGGGGCAGGUUCCGCUGUCGUUACCGCGGUGAAGAAAUCAGGGACUGGAGAAAAUCCAGUUUCCCCACUAGCGAAAGCUUUAUCCGAUGCGUUAGCUGCUGCCGACGCGGGUAACGUCCCGGCUGAGAUGAUCACGGUGGACGUUCUCGCGAAAGCAACGCAAACCAGCACUAAAGCGCAGUUCUCCUUCGCGAUUCCAGGUGCUUUCGGCCCGGA